UGAAUUGGACUGUUCACUACAAACUGCAAACAACAACGAUCAAACUGCUAUGCUUGAGAUAUCUACCCUGUUCUUUUUAAUCCAGUAAAAAAUAUAUCGUGACCGCGCCCGACAGUGGGAGUAGCCUUGGAGCGCACUGUGCCACACACUGCAGUGUAGAACUGACUCGGGGCAAAACCAGGACCCGCACGAUUUACACUGAGAAACUUUUCUUUAUUUAUUUUUGCUUUUGGUCCACAAUAACUAGGCUUGCCUAAACCCUAGCGCGGUCCCCGGAGGUUUAUACGCCGCAUUUCAAGUAUAAAGUGUAGAUCGUCGGGGCUUUUUGUGUUCAGCUGAUCCGAUGACAUGUUUGGAAUUCGAUUGAAACUUUGUACCUUCCUGUGUGGAAUCGCCGUCUCAGAUGUGUGUGCGGUGGAGGUCUACACUCCCGUGGAGCUGCAGGCUGUGAACGGCACCGACGCUCGGCUCAAGUGCACCUUCACAAGCUCCGCCCCCAUCAGUGUCCAAGCCUCUGUCUCCUGGAACUUCAGACCUCUGUCGGGGGGCAUCGAGGAGUCGGUGUUCUAUUACCAGGAGCAACCUUACACCCCCACGAGUGGCAAGUUCAAAGGUCGUGCUGUGUGGAGCGGAGAUAUCAGGCGGGGGGAUGCCUCAAUCACGAUCCGUGACUUGAAGUUCAGCGACAAUGGAACCUACAGCUGCCACGUGAAGAACCCCCCCGAGGAUGUGCACGGGCAGGCAGGCGAGCUGCAGCUCCGAGUGGUCAGCACAGUCAGCCACUCAGAGAUGAAGAUUCUGCUUGGUGCCAUGGGGGGCGCCAUCGUGCUGGCAAUUGUCCUCAUUGUCACCGUGGCCUCGAUCCGGGCCUGCCGACAGCACCGGCGCCAGAGAACCGAGCUGGAAAAGAACCCGCAGUACAACCAUAGUGAGGAGACAGAGUGUCUCAGUCUGGAGCACAGACACGAGCAGAAACCCCAGGAGGAGGUCGAGGAGCUGAAGAGUUCACAGGAGGAGAUUUGCCAGGAGGAGGUCCAGGAGCUGAAGAGUUCACAGGAGGAGAUUUGCCAGGAGGAGGUUGAGGAGCUGAAGAGUUCACAGGAGGAGAUUUGCCAGGAGAAGGUCCAGGAGCUGAAGAGUUCGCUAGAGAAGAUUUGCCACGAGAAGGUCCAGGUUCACUUGAAAAGUGAUUCCUGAAGCAGCUUCCGGGCAGUGGAAGCUGCUUCAGGAGUCCGGGCUGCCCUUUUGAAUCCUGUAAAUACUUGUAGAUUAAUAACAGACUAACCACACUGCCAGUGCGCUGCAUCACCAAACUACUGAGAUUAUCUCUAGUGGAGAGAGAUGGGACUGCUGCAGCUGCACGCUUCCCCACUGGAUUCUAGCUCUGCUCAACAGUGCCACCUACUGCAAGAGAAGUGUCUUAGCAGCAGCUGCCAACACCUUGCACAGAAUGGAAAAGGAAGAGAGCUGGGAUCGCUGCAGAUGCUUUCAGCACAGAGGGAAUCGUAACUACAUACAACUGGCAGAGCCUGAUCCAGAACUGUGUAGGAUGUCUUUCCAGUGAUAUUUCAAUAGCACUGCCUUCCAGUCCGAACCACACCCCAGUCUGUUCAAAAUAAAGCAGCUAUCAACACAGUGUCCCCCGUCCCCCCCACACACACACACAGCGCAGCUUUGAAUUACACUAGAGCAUGCUCACCUAAAUAAACUGCCCCGUGCACACAGCCUGCACUGCCACUAGCAUCGCUAAAGGAAGCUGGGAAUGCUAAACUUUCUGUUUUGUUUCCGCGUGGAAGACGAUCCGCGUUCUUCAGCUGUAGCCACACCGGACGGAUUGCAAAUUGAACGACUGCAAAGACAUCCAGAUGAAAGACGAUGCCUGGUGGCUUGCAGGGGGGUGCACUGAGCAGCACGGAGGCAUUUUAUUUCCCAUUAUGCAAGUAGCAUUACAAUAAGUUUAUUAAUAAGCGCAAAUAAACCAGCGCAUGCGUGCAGUCUGCAUAUCCAGCACUGAAAUGAAAAAUGUGCACUUUUGCUGGCUUUUAAAAAACAACACUAAAAAGGUCCCUCGUUGACACAACUGGAACAUGUGACCGCGUUACAAAUCCGUGACAAGAAGUAGGCAGAAAGCAAAGUUUUGUGGAGAUUCCCCAAUAUAAACACAAAUAUUAUCGAGGUGCUACUGCUGUAUACGUUGUACAACAAAGACAACAACACGUUUGUGUUCUGUGUGACACAUCCCAACAUUACCAAGAUCAUACAUAGCUUUGAAGAUCAUGAGCUGCGAAUAAUAAUAAUAAUAAUAAUAAUAAUAAUAAUAAUAA